GCCCAUUGUCCAUUAUGACCAACAGGUGGAUCCUCCAUGCUGUGUUCCUGCUGUGCUUCUCCACCACAGCCCUCUCCAUCAACUAUGAGCAGCUCCAGCUCCGACAAAGCAUGAGCAUCCGGGCAUGUCGAAAGCUCCUGGGGCAGCUGAAUGGAAAGAUCAACCUCAGCUACAGAAUGGACUUCAAGAUCCCUAUGGAGAUGAUGCACCCAUCAAAGAUGAAUAAGAGUUACACUGCCUUUGCCAUCCAAGAGAUGCUCCAGAGUAUCUUCCUUGUCUUCAGAAACAAUUUCUCCAGCACUGGGUGGAAUGAGACUAUUGUUGAAAGCCUCCUGGAUAAACUCCACCAGCAGACAGAGUUCCUGAAAACAAUACUAAAGGAAAAACAGGAGGAGAGACUGGCUUGGAUGACAUCCUCGACUACGCUAUCCUUGAAGAGCUACUACUGGAGGGUGCAAAGGUACCUUAAAGACAAGAAGUACAACAGCUAUGCCUGGAUGGUGGUCCGAGCAGAAAUCUUCAGGAACUUUUCCAUCAUCCUAAGAUUUACUAGAAACUUGCAGAACUGAAGACCUGUCAGCCGAUGCCUCUGAGAAUGCGUGAUGGUUGCAGGCAAACUUUAAGCAUCAGAGACUGACUCUGGGACUGGUAGUGAACCUACUGCAUUUGAAAGGUCAAAGGGAAACAUUGAAUUUUUAUUAAUUUAUAAUUUAAAUUAUUUUCUACUCUUUAUUUAAACUUUUUAACCUCAGAAAAUAAAAUAUUUAU